AUGAUAAGUUGGCACGAUCUUUAUGUCGUCUUAACUGCUGUAAUUCCUCUCUAUGUAGCCAUGAUCUUGGCCUAUGGCUCCGUCAGGUGGUGGAAAAUAUUCACCCCGGACCAGUGCUCCGGCAUCAACAGAUUUGUCGCCAUUUUCGCGGUGCCUCUCCUUUCUUUCCACUUCAUUUCGACCAAUGAUCCUUAUGCCAUGAACUUCCGUUUCAUUGCUGCAGAUACACUUCAGAAACUUAUAAUGCUUGUGGUCCUUGGCUUGUGGGCUAACUUAACCAAAAAUGGCAGUCUUGAAUGGUCUAUAACAGUUUUUUCACUUUCCACACUGCCUAACACUCUUGUGAUGGGCAUUCCUUUGUUGAUUGCUAUGUACGGUGAGUACUCGGGUAGUCUUAUGGUACAAAUAGUGGUUCUACAGUGCAUCAUUUGGUACACACUUUUGCUCUUCUUGUUCGAGUAUCGCGGUGCCAAGAUGCUCAUUAUGGAGCAGUUCCCCGAGACUGCAGCCUCAAUUGUGUCGUUUAAGGUCGAGUCGGACGUUGUUUCUUUAGAUGGACAAGAUUUUCUUGAAACAGAUGCUGAGUUAGGUAACGAUGGCAAGCUUCAUGUAACUGUGAGGAAAUCAAAUGCAUCAAGGAGGUCACUUGGACAUGGUUCAUUCUCAGGAUUGACCCCUCGGCCGUCAAAUCUUACAGGAGCUGAAAUUUACAGUUUGAGUUCGACUCCAAGGGGAUCUAAUUUUAAUCAUUCCGAUUUUUACUCAAUGAUGGGAUUUCCAGGCAGGCUAUCGAAUUUUGGUCAGUCCGAUACAGGUAGAUUUUCCAACGUUAAUGUAGCAGAUAUGUACUCAGUUCAAUCAUCUAGAGGUCCAACCCCGAGGCCAUCAAAUUUCGAGGAAAACUGUGCACCUGGAUCUCUCACGAGCCCAUCAUUGCCAGUCACUUCUUAUCCAGCUCCGAAUCUUGAUAUUACUUCAGCUGUUCCAAAAAGUGCAAAAAACUAUCAGCAGCAACUGCAGUCGCAGCCUCAGCCACGGCCCCAGAAACCGGGCAAUAAGGCAAAUCCUGAUUCUAAGGAGCUUCACAUGUUCGUGUGGAGCUCGAGUACAUCACCGGCGUCGGAAGGAGGUGGGCAUCACGUGCUUGGUGGACCCGAUUACUGUGCUUCCGAGCAAUCCAAGGAAAUCAACUUGUUGGUUUCCGAUAACGCUGAAAAUGGGGAAACUAACGGGAUUCCCCAAACUGGUGGAGACCAUGCAGAUGAGGAGAGAGAGAAAGAUGGUCCCACAGAGCUGGGCACCAAUCCAACGGCCGAGCUACAACCAAGUGUUGUGCAAGGUCAACAUCCCAGCGCCGGAAAACAUAUGCCACCAGCUAGUGUCAUGACUCGACUAAUUUUGAUCAUGGUGUGGCGAAAACUUAUCCGAAAUCCUAACACGUAUUCGAGUCUCAUUGGUUUAAUAUGGUCGCUAGUCUCGUUUAGGUGGGAUGUGCAUAUGCCUAAAAUUAUAGAAAAGUCAAUCUCCAUACUCUCCGAUGCUGGCCUUGGAAUGGCUAUGUUUAGCUUAGGCUUGUUUAUGGCACUUCAACCGAAGAUAAUAGCCUGUGGGAACACGGUAGCUGCUUUCUCCAUGGCAGUGAGGUUCCUUACUGGCCCAGCAGUAAUGGCUGCAGCUUCCAUUGCUGUUGGUCUUCGUGGUACUCUACUCCAUGUCGCGAUCGUGCAGGCCGCACUUCCACAGGGGAUUGUUCCAUUUGUGUUUGCUAAAGAGUACAAUGUUCACCCAGCUAUUCUUAGCACUGCGGUUAUAUUUGGAAUGUUGAUUGCAUUGCCAAUCACACUCGUCUAUUACAUACUUCUUGGAUUAUAA